CUUGUUCCGCUCUUAUCACUACUCCGCCGCCUCGAUAUGGAAAAAAAAUUGAGGAAGACUCGGAGAAAAACAGUCAAUUGCCUACGAUUUACUGUGCUCCUGUCCAAUUCCAACGAAUACUAUUAAAUUAAUGAUACGAUCUUAAUCGACCAACCCAUCCAUUGACCAAAGCCCCAUAUCCACACCAUGGAUUCCUCAGACCCCGUCAUCGCAUCCUACGACGUCUACCUCACAGACUCCGAAAUCUCUCGGUACGUCCUUCAAUAUCUCGACCGACUACCAGACUACCCGUACGAUGACCGCCACGGCCAAAAGCCCACUGCCUUUCGCCUAAAACCCAAAUCCGGGCUUGUCGAAGUCGACGUCCCGAUCAACACCCGCAUGAACUAUGACGUGAAUAAAGGCCUGAAGUACGGCGAUGCGCUGAAGAAAAGUCGCAGUUCGCAAGAGGGUGGCGCAUUCGGCAUGGCUGGUGGUUUUACCGGCGGUUCCCUUUCUAGCGGAAAUAAGGUGAAGAUGGAAGCCGGUGGGGAUGUGGAAAUGGGCGGCAUGGGAAAUGGAGACUCAGCUUCUUUAUUACGGGUGCAGACGUUGGGCGGUCGCAUUAAGAUUCCUGAAGAGGGGGAUCCGGUUUAUAUGUUGGCUGCUUUCCGGGGGAAUAAUCUUCAUUUGUCGCCUGUUUCGGCAGUUGUGCAGGUGCAUCCUCAGCUUCAUCAUCUUGAUGCUUUAGAUGAGAUUCCUGCCAAGGGGAAGGGAAAGAAAAAGGAUGACGAGGAGGGUGGUGGGAAUGAGGCUCGCGCGAUCGAUAUCAAGGUCAAGGCGGCUGAAGAUGAUCAGGCGAAUCAGUUGGCUGGUAAUCUGGAUCUUUUAAAGAAGAUGCAGGAGGAGAAAUGGGGUGGCUACGAUUGGGUCGAUGCUGAGACUGAGGAAUCAUGGCAAGUAUAUGAAAGCUACAUGAUGCACCAAGACUUGGAAAAUCUACCGCAAUUGGAAUCGGCUAUCGAUAGUGAGGACUACCUGGAUAAGAUGAGUGCGCCGCGUAUUGACCCGGCAAACCCAGAGAUGACUGGUUGGGCUAUGAAGCAGAACCGGAUGAAGCAGAAUGGAAGGGGGGGUUCUUCUAGGAGUAGUACUGAAGAGCAAUAAUUAAAUUUUCUACAUGUAAAAAGAUAGACUUUCCGAAUGGCAUCAUGAGAAUAUCCCCAAAAAUGCAUGGAGCGUGCGAGGUACCAUCUAUUGAUUGAUAGUAUGCGAAACAUGCUAUAGAUAAGAUUGAUAACAUAGGUACCUGAGCUCUAUGAAAAUCAGGCACAAAACUCUGAGCUUAUGACAG